AUGGAGGACGUGGCCGUGGUCUUCACCCAGGAAGAGUGGGCGCUGCUGGAUUUUGCUCAGAGGAAACUCUACAGAGACGUCAUGAUGGAAACCUCCAGGAACCUGGCCUCAUAUGAAUGUAAGGAAUGUGGAAAAGCCUUUAGUCAGUCAUCACACCUCACUAACCAUAUAAGAACUCACAGUGGAGAGAGGCCUUUCAGAUGUAAGGAGUGUGGGAAAACCUUCAGUCAGUCAUCACACCUUACUAACCAUGUAAGAACGCACAAUGGGCAGAGGCCUUAUGAAUGUAAGGAAUGUGGGAAAACCUUUAGUCACGCCUCAUCCCUCACUGCACAUAUAAGAACUCACAGUGGAGAGAGGCCUUAUGAAUGUAAGGAGUGUGGGAAAUUUUUUAGUGAGGCCUCAUCCCUCACUAAGCACAUAAGAACUCAUAGUGGAGAGCGGCCUUAUGAAUGUAAGCAAUGUGGGAAAGUCUUCAGUUACUCCUCAGCUCUCACCAUGCAUAAGAGAACUCACAGUGGAGAGAAACCUUACGAAUGUAAGGAAUGUGGGAAAGCCUUUAGUCGUUCCUAUUAUCUCUCUGAACACAUAAGAACUCACAGUGGAGAGAAACCUUUUAAAUGUAAUGAAUGUGGGAAAGCCUUUAGUUGUUCCUCAGCCCUCACUACACAUUUAAGAAGUCACAGUGGAGAGAGGCCUUAUGAGUGCAAGGAAUGUGGGAAAGCCUUUAGUCAGGCCUCAGACCUCAGAAGACAUGUAAGAACUCACAAUGGAGAGCGGCCUUAUGAAUGUAAGGAAUGUGGGAAAACCUUUAAUCGUUCCUCAUCCCUCACCACACACAUAAGGACACACAGUGGAGAGCGACCUUAUGAAUGUAAGAAAUGUGGGAAAGCUUUCAGUCAGGCCUCAGCUCUCACAACACAUAUGAGAACUCACAGUGGAGAGAGACCAUAUGUGUGUAAGGAAUGCGGAAAAGCUUUCAGGUGUUCCUCAUUCCUCACAACACAUAUGCGAACUCACAGUGGAGAGAUGUGCCCCGCGGGCUCCGGUCCUGGCUCCGAAGCGCUGCCCUCGCUCUCCGCGCCCUCUCGGUAUCUCCGCCUCCCGGAGCCUCAGGGCCACCUUUUGCCUGGGUGCCGCCGCCGCCGCUUCCUGCGCCAUCCCGGCUGGGCGGCCAAAGCCGCUUUCCGGACGCGGAGCGGAGAGGGCGGGCCUGCGUCUCUCAGCGCGGGGCAGGUAACAUCGCGAGACUCCUAG